AUGCUCUGGUUCGCAAAGACCACUUGCAACAGCGACAACGCUGCACAGUCGGUAAAGAAAGUCGAUCUGGACACGUCCGGGACCCAAGCCCACGAAGAUGGUAAAGAUGACUCGCACUGCCCACUGUUCGAGCGUGGACCCCAGACGUCGAGGAAUAGGUACUGCCAGCUCGUUAUGAGCAUCUGCCGCAGGCGUACCUAUUCCCCUCAGAUUGACGAGCACACUCGCUGUUCGGAGGAUCUGCAAAGCAGAGCCGUCUUGCGAUGCGAAAACUUCAGCCUGGAGAAGAGUUUGUCCGUCCGACGGCGCAAUUACCAGGAGGUUGACGCACUGGAUCAAUACAAAGAGGGCUUCCCCGACGAGAACAUUACCGAGAACGACGCUCGUCGUGGCAGCUGCGAUAUUACGCAACAGGUUGUGCGCGAGAAAGACGAGGCAGGCAAGCCAUGCGAACCGCAGCCCUGA